CUCCUGUCUUAUAAACAUAUUAUAAUUCCUAAAAAAAAAAAUACCUACAAUCAAGAGAGUUGAAACAUCAAACGAAACCUAUUACCAAAAUACUGAAUAGGUACACGAACGUAUUACAAGUUGCCUGACUAAUCCCAUAUCAUUCCGUUUCAGUUUACAACGCGCGAUAGCAUCCAGUGACACAAGUAAUAGGUUUGUGUGAAAUUUGGUAACAGGUACGCGGAAUAGGCAGGAGAUACCUAUUCCAAAGUAACAGGUCCAGUUCCAUUGUAACAGCCCUAUUCUGUGCUACUGUCACAGUAAUUAUUCUGUGCUACUGUGAUAAGUUAUAUUGUUUUUUAUUAAUAACCAAUAACGCGCUAUUUUAAUAAUAAUUAUUAUUGGAACAUUUGUUUCAGCUGCAUAUUAAUCCAAAAUAAUUUAAGUGUUCGGUGAUGUAUCUUUCCACCAAGCACUUCAGUGAGAAGUGAGGAAUAUCAAAAUAGUGCUUCAAAAUUUUUACCUAUGGCAGAAUCAUUAGAACAAAUUAAAUUUCUUAAAGACACUAGCCAAAAAACUGUAAGUAUAAAGAAAAUGGAUGUAAUUCAAUUAAGAGAGGUAUUAGCACGUGAAGAAUCUUUAUUAAAAAACAAAUUAAUAAUGUCAAAAUUACCAGAUAAAGGAAAUUCUAUUAAAAAAUUUUAUGAAUGUGUUAAACAGGAAAUACAAAAUAGAGAGAACCUAGCAGAUAUUAAUGCCGGUUUACAGAAAUUAAAUAUUUCAGAAGCAGAUAAACAUGUUCAGAAGAUAUGUGGACUUGAAACAAAUCCUAAAAAAGAAAGAUACAAACCAUUUUCUACAUUAAAUAAAAUUCAAGAAAUUCACACUGACCGUAAAGUGUUCAAAACCAUGGAAGAUUGGAGUAAAUGUAAUAAGCCCACCAAAUUAAUUCUUUUAUCAGAAUCUUUAGAAAUUUUAAAGCAACAAGAUGAAAAAGUUAAAGAACAAGUCAAAAUUAAACAGGGGCUUUUAUUUAAUUCAAAUGAAGAAGAUGAUAGUACAGAUAGUGAAAAAAGUGAAACAUCGGAUGAUGAUGAUUAAUAAGAAUAUUUAAUAGGAAAGUGAUAAUAAUUAAGAUUAAAAAUAGUAUAAGACAAUAAACAAUUUCCUUUUUUUAUUGUGGUCUUUAAUAUUUCUAAAUAAAUAUAUACCUAACUUAGAUAUUCAAAUAUAUCUACAGAGUGAAUUUGAUAACAUUUUGAAAGUCUAAGAAAUCAUUAGCGAUUUCGAUUUCACUAAGUACUGAGUGCACACUAAAUGAGGUUUGUUUUUUUUAGAUUCUGUCAGUGCAAGUUUGUAUUUGAUUCUAGGUGCAAUUCGCUCUCAAUGCAAAUAAUAC